AUGAAUGAGGCGCCCUCUGACACCUCCAACUCCAGUUCCAACGGCCAUUGGCACCGUUUGGAUCUGACCUCUGACAGCUACUCAAACCAUUGGCUGAGAUUGCCUGGGGUGCAAGACUUGAUUCUGGAGUUCUGGGGGGUACCCAUUGAGAGCGGCCCCGCCUUGACUAUCAAACCGGAAGACUACCGGUUGAUAACGUGGUUGAUUUGGUUGAGAUGGCCCCAGCCAGGAAUUUUGGGAUUUGGAAGUCAAACCCUGAUCAUACUCAAACCGCUCCAUUCUGCACCCACAAUCAGCAUAUGUACCAUCCCACAACUCAAUUGGCAACAGCAGAAUGCCCGCUUCUUGAAACACUGGGCUAUUUAA